AUGGCCAUACCUUUUGUCGAUUUUUAUCGCAAAAUCGGCAAAAGUUUAGAUUUGCGAGGACUAAUGAACAUGUUCACUGGCGAUGACCAAAACAGUUGUCGUGUUGGGAAGUCGGAAGAUGCUUGCCACAAAUUCCUCGUCCAAAUAGCCGGUCCUACAACUCACGUGAAUCACAACCGAGUUAUAGUGUAUUUGCAUUAUUUUCCAGCUCCCGUCUCAAUGUGGCAAGUGGUGCACUUUGCUCAGAAUCAACAAACAGCAACAUUUUCACAUUUCGACUAUAAAAAUGAAUCUUUAAACAUCGCCGAGUACGGCACCAUUCAUGCUCCUGAAUAUCCUUUGGCAAAAAUUAGUCCAAAAACCAAAAUGGUCAUAGCAUGGGGUGCAACAGACUAUCUAGUUAGUCCUGAAGAUGUGCAGCACUUGAUUCAAAUUAUCAAACCAGUGUUAAAAGACAACCUGAUUGAGUACAAAGUUCCUUCGGAGCAGUUUAAUCAUUUAGACUUUGUAAUUGGAGUGGACGCUGGAAAGUUGCUUUAUGAUCAAACUAUUGGUUGGCUAGAUCAAUGGGCAUAA